AUGAUGUUGACUGAUUACAUGACCUACACUGGACCAGUAUUUGGUUGUACAAGAAUUGGAUUGGCGAACGUUUCGAACUCGCCGCUUCACUUGUCCUCUUUCGAAAAAACAUCGGACAUUCUUUACAACGCGGCUUACUACGGACAGAGAGACUCGCUCGCCGGACCUAUGUAUUUACACCAUCUUGGCCAAAACGUCACAAACGAAACAAAUCUUCAAAGUGCAUCUUCCUCAAACCGGCAAAAUAUUCACCCCCGCGCGUUCGACUUCUUUUCGCUUGAAGCAAUCCGUUCCGGCGUCAAUAAAGUCCUCAGUCUUUUCAAAUCAAGAGAGCUUCUGUGCGCAGAUUUGGUCGAAGCGAUAAGAGAAUACUCAAAAUGUGAAGAUGAGUUGAAAUUGAAGAAAGAGGUGUUGGAAUCGUCUGGAAUUGAAGAAAGUGACCCGGAUCAUUUCCUAGAGAAGGUAAAAGAACGAGGACAUGGGCACAGAGCUCAGCAAGAGUUAGAACAAUGGAAACAGCUGCUGCUUGAGAACGUCAGUUUGCUGAAAACAGCGAUAGAGAAAAGAAGAACCUUGCUAACUGUGCUUGAUCAGAGUUCUGGAUUUUACGAGACGCAAUUUCGAGAAGUAACGACGGUGCUAAAGGCCUAUCAUGACUCCCGAGAUCGCAUUAUUACUCAGAAACGACGCUGUCAAGAUAUGAUGAAUGCCAAGUUCCAAGAGAAAGCAGUUUCGUCUCAACGCACCACCCAAUACUAA